AUGCCUACCAACCGGACAUUGUGUCAUAACCGGCCUCGUGUUUCUCCCUGGAUCGAUGCCAGGACCUUUGUCCAGAUGCACAGGCUAGCCGUCUUCAGAAUGGCUCCAAUUGUCGCUUUCCACGGCGUUGCACUUAUGCUUCCCCUGAUGCUCCCUGUGACGCGGGCGGUGCUCAUGGAUUUCGCCACAUUCAACGCCAAGGUGGUGCCAUCGUGUUUCAACGAGUCCUCGAUGCGAACGGAAUCAGCGACGGCACACACCCUGGAUGCUUUCACGUCAUUGGUGCGUAAAGUCGAGGCCGCGCAUCCAGCGCUGGACGUUGCUGACACGGCAGCUAUGUUGCUGGCGCGGUUCUCAAUAGACUUCGUAGACCAUCAACGUCUGGCGAAUGGCGGCGAGCGCUUCGUGGUGGACUCGGCGCGUGAACUCAAGGCGGCCGUCUUGGAGGCCAUGCUAGGCAACGCACAGCUCCUGCAGCCAUUCGACGAGGGCAGCCUAAGCGACGGAGAAAAGUGCGCCCUCUUCUACAUGUUGUCACACACUUUCAACAGCGGGCCUCAACCACAGGACGAAAACAGACUUCUGAAGAAGUUCAUAUACAGCGGCUACAUGAAUCGACCCUUGAAAGUGUACGAACGGAAGCGUCGCGAGACUCCACGACUGCGUAGUGUGCAGGAGCAGGGCGUCGUUGGGGUGGCCCACAACGCCACCAUGAGCAUCGCCCUGGGUCACGUGCUCAAGGGCUUGGUGGCCAGCAAGUACGCGCAGCGGGACACGGUCCAAAACGUGAUGCAAACGCUGAAGCCCUAUGGGCACUUGGACCAAGGACACGUGGUGGUAGACCACGUGUAUGGACCCACAGUGGCCGUUCACCUGGGAACGGUGUCUACGUGGUCCAACAGCAAGUUGCCCACCAUCGGUGGUGGUGGUUUAUGGACAACGCCCGCGUGUCCCCGGGAGUUCCGUGUUGCUGACAAAACAGCGAGGCUCACCGAUGCUGAGAUAGUCGGGACUGUGGAUGGUUUCAUGCUGGCCAUGACAUUGAGGAGAAUGAACAAGCAACGACCACGCCGGCUAAGCCAGAUAUUGGAUGGCUACUACAGCGUCAGGGGCAUCCGGGAACUCCUUCCUGAAUUUCCCGAUGGUCUUUCCUUCUGCACGCGCAAGCAGGCCGUGUCACGACUACUUUCGGCGCCCAGAUUAGAAGAGCAGGUCGUGCUAGUGGCGAGAAUGUACUCUCGUUUGAUCAACGACGCACCCCUAAAGCGAAGCGCGCUUAAAAACUCCCUGCUACCCGCCCUCAAGAGCUUUCACUCGAGACUCGACCACCUUCUGAAGCCACCAAGAGAAUGCAUUGAAGGAAACGAUGACAACCUCGUCACCUGUGACACGCAAACAGAUGUCCUCGUGCUGCUGGAUCCGAUUCCUGGCAACAGCAUCUACGAGAACUAUCAGAAGAAAAUUGCCAGCUACAUGGCCGAGAGACUGCUGAAAACAGGAAGCCAGCACACAGCGGUGAGCUUGUCGCCGGCUGCCCUGAGCGAAGACGCCAGCGAGCUAGAGCUGGCGUACAACUCGCGUCAAGACACCGACGCUUCGCCAUCUUGUGCCAUCGAGAACAUGGCAGGAAAAGGCUGCUCGCAGUGCACGGAAGUGGACAUAUGGCGAGCAGUGCACAAGACUUGGGAUAAAGCUCAGACCACGAGGACAGCUAGCUAUCCACUGUCUCCAUCAAAGGUCGUGGUAUACUUCAAGUUCAGUUCCUUCCGAGAAAGUCUUGAAGACGUACACUCAGUGGUACAACACCUACGAGAAAAGCAUGAAGAUCUGAAGAUCUUCACAGUGGGGCCGAGGACAGACAUCUUGCGCGCUUUCAAGCACGGGCCCCGCGACUCCGUCGUGGUCAUUCCGAACUCAAUGGACGACGUCCUGCUCAGGCGAAUUGCACGCGAGCUCACUGAAGAGGUUUGCCGAGCUCCGAUGGCCAUCUUGUGUCACGAAUGUCAGCGUUCAUCAGUCGGGCGUGCUUCAGACACCGUAGAGGACUUCCAAGCACCGCUAACAGUUCGGCACUGGGCCGUGUAUCCAGGACAAUUCAACGACGUUCCUCGAGUAGUGAAUAUUACAUUUGAAUCAUUCCACCUGCCGAUUAAAGUCUGCCUUGUCCGCUUCGAUUCGAAUGGCACCAAAGUGGCAACGUACAGCGAGCUUUGCCAGGAAACGGGAAGCAAAGUGAAAGCCAUUCGCUACAGCGUGAGGAAAGUAUGCGCUAGCGAAGAAUCUUCAAGCUGUCACUCACUGCAAUUUUCCGUUACGGCGUUACCAAGAAAAGCAGGUGAUCCUUUCUUGGAGUGCGCGGACCCUGGUUGCCAGCUUCCCGACCAAACGAAAAUUCUGAUCACUUAUGAGAUUGAUUUCCACUCUGGCCAGGACAAACUUUUCUCCGGGAUUGAAGAGCGCAUCAAUAUUCCUUUACCUUCUCCUGACACACCGCAGUUGUUGCAGAGGGCACUCAGUGCUAAGUGCUCGAAGUAUAUUCAGCUGAACGGCACUAACCAUUCAGAAAACGGCCACUAUUUCGCGCUGAGCCUGAGCUUCUUUGUCGAGCUUGUUAGGAAGAUUGAGGCGGCGUAUCCCCAAAGGAACCUAUUUGACAUCGCCGCCCUACUACUCAAUUGUGUACUGAAACCAAGGUUGAAAAAAAGUUCACAGAGAGUGACUAUGACCUUUGCGGACGGCAACAAGAUUGGCCGAGACCUGAGUGAGCAAAUGACCUUGGAGUCUUGGCUGAGCCCGUGGCCUCGGGGCUUGGGAGAGCAACCAAUGACUUUCAACAAGACCAUCCUCACCGAGAGCGAGAUGUGCGCGCUCUUCCUCAUGCUCCACCACUCGUUUCACGAGAACAGGGACAAUGACAGCGUCUACACCAUCGAGAAGGGUGUGGCGCAAGUGAGCUGGGAAUCCCCGAAGAUUGCCGUGGCUGUGGCCAAAGUGCUGCAGGGAAUCAUGGUCGGCAUGAUCCAUAAGGCGGGAAACCUUACCGACGUUUGGCAAGCGGACGAGCCCGCGAAAGACCCUCGAGUACCGCCCGUUGACCCCUUAUUGUCUGCAACCAUCGGCGUUGUACUGGCUGUGUCUUCGGUGGAGAGCUUGCUACAUCACCAUGGUGGAAGCGUCAUCGGUUACGAAGGAGUCUGGUUCGGAGAGUCGUGUCCCGGCGCCUACAGAACGGGAGGAAAGCGACACUGGUGUUCAUACAGCGUGCUACGAGGUGCAAUUGACGGUCUACUGCUGGGCAAGUACUCCCGCCUCGUCUCCUCCCGGGGCAUGCCCUUGAGCCGGCUGCUGAGCAUGUACUACGGCGUUUGGGGCGUUCCUCGUGCUGUGCCCGGUGUGCCGGGGCUGUCCGUGUGUGGCCGACGGGAGCUGCUGUACCCGUACCUGCGAGACGGCCUCCUCGAGGGCAACGUGAGCCACAUGGCACGUGCCUACCUGCUUCACCGCUACGGACAAACUUCGAAGAGGCUUAGCCUGUUCGUGGCCGCGGCAACGGGCGAGUUCCUGCAGAGGUUGAGACGUGAUCUGCUCAGGCAUCCUGCAUUUUGCGACCGCUACCCACCAACACCAGACCAAGCGGAAUGCAGAACGCCGGGCGACGUCUUCAUCGUGAUGGAUGCUGACGCGUAUGCGAAUGACCUGUGGAUGAAGCAACAAAAAAGGACGGUCGAGCUCUUGGCUCAGCGCCUGAAUAUUGGGAGCCACAGUGGCCGGUUUAUGCACCUCUACGUCAACAAGCGCGACAUAGACGGCACGCUGCAACUGCAGAUGGCGAACGAAACUUCGUCGUCGACCGUCAGCUGCUACGCGCGUAGUACGAAUUUUUCAGAGAUCGCAACAGACAACGAGGUGGUCGUGCUUGAAUCACUGCGAAAUCUUCUCUCAAACAACCUCAACAGAAACAGAGGGCCGAUCGCUCCAGCAACGAUCAUUGUUAUAUUCAAAUUCGGCCACCUGCGAUCUUUGCAUCAGCGGCUAAAACCAUUGCUCCCAAGGGUUCUGGGAAGUGCCGGAUCCAUCAUUGCCGUAGGCAACAACAUUACUUCACUGCAACAAAUGGUGCGCCGAGAAGGCAGAGGCGUGAUGAAAGGUCACGACAAAGUCAUGCUGCUAGCGGCGACUGAAGACGCAGCUAAAGACGUCGCCAAUAAAAUAGUGGACGAAGCGUGUACAGCACCAGCACUUCUUCGUUGUUUGAAUGAUGGAGUGGAAAGCAAGGAUAAGUUCUCCUUUCAAGGCAGCGUCACAGAGAAUGGCGUCAUCUACCUCAUGCUUGAUCCGGAGGACUACAACAAUUUUGAAGACCUGAAUAUCAAGAUAGAAGCCGUUGGUGGAACCCUCAAGGUGUGCCAGCGGCGCACGAAGUUUCAUCACUUGCAGCUUCAGGACUGCGACACCGUGUCAGAAAAUGGUGACCCCUGCAGCCCCCUUUACCUGGCUAUCGUGGGAAUAUCGGAAGAGUGCUCUUAUAUCAGCAUCUUCAAACGUCAGCAACAACGCUACCCUAUCCUGAAACCCUUGCUGUAA